UUUACUGCCGCAGUUCAUCCGGGAUCGUUGUCGACUUAUUAGCAGAGCUGAUAUAUUGUUGUUUUUUUUCUGAUGUGUUUGAAAAAGUGAUUUUUUGUAGUGUUCAAGAUUGUGUUUAAACGGAAUUCCCUAGGAAUGUGUGGCUAAUAAUGUUUCUCCCAGUGGCAUUUUGGAUCUGCGUGGUUGAUCUGCGAAUUUACCGGCGUACAGAGUUCGAAAACUCGAUAAUUGAAUCUGACUAUAUUACAGAUGAAAUAAUCGAAUUUGUUGAGACUAAAGCUGUCAAUGGUGAAUGGAAAAAGUGACGUAGUACAUAAUUAUGUUGCGAGAUUGAUGUAAAACACUGUCCAGACAGAGCCCAAGGUCGAGUAUCACCAGUGGAAGUUGAUGAAAGAGAAAAAAGAUGCGCGCCAAUGUCCAACAUUUUGUACAGCACGUCACAAAAUACCAGGCGAGCACAUUCGCCACCGGUCGGCAUCGGAAAAACAGUUGCGAGCGUCGCUUUGUUGUGCGCGGAAGAAAACAGAGUUUCGUUAAAAAUAAAUCCAACCAGAAAUCAAGAGGGGUGAAGAUCUCACGCGCGUCACCAGUAACAGCCGUCGUUUGUGAAGAAGUGUAAAGGAAAAUCACUCAGUCACCUCCCUCUCUCUCUCUCUCGCUAGAGAAAAAGUUUAAACAAGUAUCCCGUUCCGAAUAUCGCAGUGACUUUGAAACUUUUGCCAUUCCCAGUUAGGAAGUGCGAUUGCAAACAGCCCCUGAGUCCAGUGUUUGAUUCCAGAACAAUGUGGGACACCUUCAAGGGGAAGAAAGCCUGACACGACUAGUUUCGUGAGUCCGUGAACUCUGCAAGCAGCAUAGUGAUUGUAAUUCUCUCCUUCCCUGCGAGGGGAGCUUUCAAAAUCGCGCGUACCUAUAGCAAUUACGCAAGGAUCUCAGACAAACGUUCGUGGAUUGGCCAGCCCGGCACGUAAUCGGCUUGAUGAAAAGAAAACCAGUGCUAACCGAAUUGAACCAACUCAUAGCGAUACCUAUGUAUUGCAGCAGGGAUUUUCCCAGCACAGUGAGCAAUUGUCAGCGGUACACCGCCAAGGAUCCCCGCCUUAGAUCUAGCCAAGUUAAGUUGUCGACGUUAAUACGACCGGAUAAGACCACCACCCGCCAGCCUAGUUGAAAGAGUCCAAUCAAUAAUCUCCUAAUAAACAGUGAUUACCCACGGGUGAACACACCUACAAAGCAUAGUAAGCGAUACGUUGUGUGUCUGUGUAUGUGCCGAUCGAAAGCAAAGCCUACUGAAAGCGCAUAUAUAUAAUAAGAGUGAAAGAUCAUUAGCCACGGAAGCGUCGUUGUUUAUGAGCUACUCGCAACGGAACAGAAGAUCGCACCAACCGGAGAACGACGUGUUCGAUUAGUUUCGAGUUCUAUUAUCAUUUCGCUAGACGCACAUGUAAACAGAACCCUCCCGCGGAGGAUUGUGACGCUACUGUUCGGAACCGUUCUCUCUAGCUAUUUUGUAUGUUUCAAUAUUAUCACGUGCAAAGCCAACGAUUUAAUGUGUUUCGUCAACUGCCAACAACAUUUGGAAACUCUUCCAUUAGGAUUGCUGUAUUUAGGGUUUUAAAUUGAAUCGAGCAGAUACAAAACGUGACAAUACAGUACCGGCAGUCAGGUUCACCACCAACGGUCAAAGCGUGUUUGGCGCGCAACCAAUUUUUUUUUGGCUGUCGAACAUUUUAUAACAGAAACAAGUGGGACCACAUCCCGUCGGAACAAAAUUUAUUAUUAGUAAUAACAAGUACGCGAGCAAAAUGGUGGUCGAAAUUCAGAUCACCGAUCCUAGCAAUAAGAGCUUCAUGGUUCGAAACAACACCGACAAUCAGCUGAAUAAUAACAACUACAAUAGUGAUAACAACAAUUACAACGCCAAUGCUCGUUUUGGGAAGGAGGAGCUGGAGGCACUUAAAACGACCUUGCUCAACUCGAACGAGGUGACAUUUUGUAAUUUGUCGGACGAUGAAAAGGAUGAGGAUCACCCAAUGAUGUCUCAGCUGACGGUGGUCGAUGCCAAGCGAAAGAAGCGCCUGAAUUCGGACAACUCGGAAGCGGAUUCGAUCCUUUCCUCCUGCCAGGAACCGGUGAAAAAGAACAAACCUAAAAUCCCAGAUGGUGGUUAUGGCUGGGUGGUGGUCUUUGCAUCGGUGAUGAUCUCACUCAUUAUGGAUGGUGUUUCGUUCUCCUUCGGGUUGAUGUAUACCGAAUGGUUGGACUAUUUCGGAGAGUCUAAAUCUAAAACCGCAUGGGUUGGUUCGCUGUUUAUUGCCGUCCCCUUACUUGUAGGACCAAUAAUGUCGAAUCUAGUUGAUCGAUACGGUUGCCAAAAGAUGACUAUGUUAGGAGGUUUUGUCGCAACGUGCGGGUUCGCCCUUGCCUCAAUUUGCACGAGUGUUGAACAGUUGUACUUCACGUUCGGUAUCCUUGCUGGAUUGGGUUUAGGAGUUGGAUAUGUGACAGCCGUGGUCUCGAUCGCUUUCUGGUUUGAUAAGAGACGAACGUUUGCGACUGGAAUCGGUGCCUCCGGAACAGGCAUCGGUACCUUCCUGUACGCCCCAUUCACGCAGUGGUUGAUUGAAAUAUUUGGAUGGCGAGGUACUACUUUGAUCCUUGCCGGAACCCUUUUCAAUUUGUGUGUGAUGGGUGCUCUUUUACGCGAUCCAGACUGGAUGAUCGAGGAAAGCAAACUGGAAAGUCGCUCUCAAAGCAUGCAAACCUUUUCCAACUCGAGCGUCUGCCUGGAUGAACUGAAGAAAAUGAUCGAAACUGGUGUCCCACGAGAACACCUCUUGGAUACGCUGGUAACUAACGUGAACACCGAAGCGAAUCAAGUUAUUGCGCCAGAAAAUCCAGCCCUGUCAAAAAAAUAUCAAAGUGAACUAACACUGCCCACAUUUUUAAAGCUCGAUCAAGAGCAAGUUCAACCACACCCUCGAAGUGGCAGUCGCCGUUCCCUUCGACAAACUAUCCUCGUUAAAGAAACCUUCCCAAAGUUGGAAGAACAUCCAUCACCGCCGAGCGAAGAAACAAAGCCUACGCAUGCUACACUUGCUAGCUCCGAAACCCUAAACUCCCAAGAAAAAAUAUCCAGUUAUGCCGAAAACGUCGAUCCGGAUCACAAAACAUCCUUGGAAACCCUGAGCGUGGCAUCGCUGGAAGAAGCCUACCUCAGUGCGCACCGUCAAAAGGAACUGCGUGACUCUCGGGCAGCUCUAAGCUCGUGGUCACUGGAUGAGAAAUCCGUUGCAGCGAAGGAAGAUUUAGACGAUCGGCGAUCGUUCCGCAAAACUUCGCUGGAUGUAGUGUACGAAAAUGAAAUCUUCAACCCGAAUGUCAACACCGCCGUCACGCUUUUGGUGCCCAAGCAGAAAAAGCUGGAACCGAAGCACAAUCUGAAACGAUCGAACACCCACCCAACCCACCAGGCGAGAUAUUCUAACUUCCUGAAGGACAUUCGAGUACACAAGAACUCGAUUCACUAUCGAGGGGCGCUGCUACAUACGCACCGAUACCGCUUGAAGGCGUCCUCAUGUCCGAACAUCUAUCGAAACUCCAUGACUACAAUUGCGCGCGAAAAGGAAGAGACCUGGUACGAAGCGUUCAUCGAUGCCAUGAAGACCAUGUUCGACUUUUCCUUGUUUUUCGAAUCCAAAUUUUGCAUGAUGUCCAUAUCGACUUUGUUGUUGUUUACAUGGUAUAUCAUUCCGUAUUUCUACAUCCCCGAUUUCAUGCUGACCCAUGGCUUCAGCGAACAGGAUGGAGCGAACAUGAUUUCCGUCAUCGGUGUCACCCAGACCAUCGGAAUGGUCGGCUUGGGCUGGCUCGGUGAUCAACCUUGGGUUAACGUAACUAAAACCUAUGCGGUCUGCUUAGCGUUGUGUGGCUUGUCAAUUUUCGUAGUGCCUUUUGCAGUAUCUAAUUAUUACAUGAUGGCUGCAGUUAGUUUACUAUUCGGGGGUACAUUUGCCAGUACGUUUUCCUUCACACCCAUCAUUAUGGUACGGUUGGUAAGUUUGGAUGACUUCACCAUCGCCUACGGACUGUGUCUGCUGGUACAGGGCAUCGGAAGCCUGUUGGGGCCUCCGUUAGCUGGAAUGAUGUACGACCUUACCGAACGAUGGGACUCCGCAUUCUACGCGGGAGGAUUUUUCGUACUGCUAUCGGCAGUAUGUGCGUGGUCCGUCGGAACGCUGGAACCUGUAAACGAUGAGGAAGAGGAGGACAAAAAUAGCGAAGCAUUCAGCUCUACCGUUACGCAGUAGAUCAUUGUGUGGUUAUCCGAACAGCCAUUUUGCUUCUUAGGCUGUGAACCAUUUGGCGAAAUUUUUAACUUUUGGUUAAAAUCUACCACUUCGAAAGUUAUUUGCAAAAUAACUCUACUCUGGAGUAAGGUUAAAUUUGACAACUAGAUAGUUAAAAUUUUUGCCCACAAUGCAGAAAGAAAGAAGGAAAUAUUUUCUGUACUUAAUUGAGGUUGUCCAUAUUUUGCAAUAGAAAAUGAGGGGAGAAACAUGUUGUGUCAAGCUUUGUUAUUUCACGAGCUGAAUGUUUACGUCUCGGGGCUACGACUGUCAUACUUAAUGUAAUAAGCAAAAAACUAAUAUUAAAAUAGUGAAAAAUGUUCUCACCUGUACCAAUUCAUGGUUUUUGCAACUGUCCAUAACUCUUGAAAUGGGUCGCAUCUCUCGGUUAUAUUUAACCAUUCUAGAGAAAAUAUCUUUCGUACUGUAAAAUUUCAACUAAAAAAUCGCCAAAUGGUUCACAGCCUUAAAGACAAACGAACAAUGGUACUAAAAACGAAAAUAGCAGUUUUUUUCCACACCGUGUGUUGGAUCUUCAUGAGAAUCAAUCAGCAGUACUGCAACAAUAUUCUACAUAAGUUGACUGAUUCUAAUGAAGAUCUAGCACACGGUGUGAAAAAACUGUUUUUUUAGUUUUUGUUUUUCGUACCAAUGCUAGUUUGUCUUUAAAAAGGCGAAGAGAAGUCAUGUUUGAUUGUUGUUCUUCGUACUCAAUAGGUUUGCUCCAACACUUACUAGGUAGGUUAAUAAGCUCCGGACUUGACGUAUGUAUAUGGUUCAUAAAUAUUAACGUAAAAUUUUUGACAUCUUCCAUCCUUCAGAAAGCCACAUGCGCUGUUCAAUAAGUAUCUGUUGAGUAGUUUGUGUUUUACAGCUGUGUUUGUGUUUCUUAAAACCAUGGACUUUUUGUGCCAACAUUUAGCAUUAUUAUUUAAGAGAUAAAUCGGCAAAAACUAAGAAAAGGUUUUUUGAGUAUUACGGUAGCUUUACUCCAUUGAUAUAAAUGGUCAAAAAAUGAAUGUAAGAAAUUGAAUUUAAUAGUACGAGCACAAAUGAAGAAACGAUGGGCCACAAACAAUUGAUAAAAUUGCCCUUCUCGUAAUAAGCUAAAGCUAAAGCUGACAUCACAAACGUCUCAUCAGAACGUGUAUUCAAAAUUUUACAUCACCAUACGAGAAUUGUGCACGUACUGGUGCUCAAAAUCAAGAAUUAUGCUCCGACCAAAUUAGACUACGUAAUUCCUUUACACACCCUUUAAUUUCCAGAUAUGGCUUGCUAAUAUUAUAUGUUUAUAUUAAUCUGAAAAAAUGGCUUGUUGACUUACUCCCAUGAUAAAGUCAUGACCACAAGAGAGAUGUAAUUUCGAGGGUUCGAAGACAGACACUAUAAAAAGAAUCGAAUUUGCUGAAGACCGCGGUAAUCGUUUCACGCAUAAAAUGUUUGUUAAUUAAAACGACAACAGAAACUUUUGUGUUACAUGCGAGACUCUUCAGAAUACUACAGAAUACCCGGAUAAACUGGAAAUACUUCCAGUUUAUCCGGGUAUUGGAACAAACCUAACAGUACCUUGGCAAAACACCUCAGACAUCCUUACAACGGUAAUGAACAGGCCUCACAGUUUGUUAUGACAAAUAAUACUUUGUAUUGUCCGAAUGAAUAAGUAAAUAAGUAAAUAGUCGAUUAGAAGGAAAAGCUUAUAAUUAAGGAUGGCUAAGUUUAAUUUAUUUCGAAUAAAUUGAAAUAAUGAAUUGUAGUUGUAUUUAUUAGUACACAAAAAUACAUAGCAUAUAGCCGUUUGCCGAUAGAAGUAAUAUAAGAAGAAGUAUUGUCUGUAUCUUGAGUUUAUGAAGAAAUUAGCAGUUUUUCUUAUUUAAUUUUACAUUAGGCGUUACUUAAAAUUUGACGAAUAUAGAACACCUCUGCACUUGUGACUCGUCGAUCCAUCCAUAUUCAUAAAUACUGAAACGAGCCCAACAUAGUUCAAUUAAAUUUU